AUGUGGAACAAUGUCAAGGCAAAAGUAGUGGGUCUGAAAAUACUGCAUGGCGUUUGCAAUUAUUGCACCCAGAGCCAUGCAUCUGUUGGAGUGUGGGUCAAAAGAACGCCGGAGAAACAUAGACGUUGUGGACAAAUCCCUGGCAAGACCCGCGUACUUGUGACUAGGAACUACUCAACAGAACCACCUUGGAGGGUCCUUUUCUUUGGGACGGAUGAUUUUGCUGUAGAAUCCCUCAAGCUGCUCUCUGCAUCUAGGUAUGACACCCACAACCAUUUCCAUGCCAGUGAGAAAAGAGGAGAGAUUCUUUGCAGUGAGUAACUUUAGCCUGGUCCCAUAUCUGUUUGUGCUGCUUCAUAAGAGUUGGAGCGACAGUCCGAACAGAUCUGGGACCAGGCUAGAGUAACUCCUUCUUGUGGCCUAAUGUCAGUUGUCUGCUGUUUUAAUUUUUGCAGGGAGUCCAAUGACCGUGUUGUGGAGUCACUUGAGGUUGUCACACUAUCCAAUGACGUCCCUGUGAAGAAGUUUGCUGAUCAAAACAAACUGCCCGUUCAUGUCUGGCCUCUCAGGGAUCUUCAAGGGCGGUUCGAUGUCGGGGUGGUGGUGUCAUUUGGCUGCUUGCUUCGGGAAGGACUUAUCAACCAGUUUCCAUGGUGAGUAACUUCUCUGAAAGUGACUCAUGCAAUACAAGUGUAACAUUCUAGCUUGUGUCCCUGUCUGCCCCGAGCUGGGUGCCAACCAGGGACCUGCACACAACACUCUGACUCGCCACCAAAAUAAGCAUUGUCAAUACCACUGGCCCAGAAUGUCUCAGGGCGGGCGGGCGACAUCACUUGCUCCAUGGUAGCUACUAGUACACAGCCAACUACCUAGUGGUUCCAUAUCAGCUAUACAAGCAGCAGACUCCCCAAGAAGUGUCAAUCUUAUGAACACCUCCAAGAGUCAAACCCUGAUUGUGUCCAAUCUGUUUGAUUGUGAGAGUUGCGGCAUGUGUGUCGGUUGACUCUAUUCCAGUGGGAUCCUGAAUGUCCACCCCAGCCUUCUCCCCAGAUGGCGCGGCCCCGCCCCAGUGUUCCACACCAUCCUACACGGAGACACUGUCACCGGGGUCACCGUCAUGCAGAUACGACCAAAGAGGUAGGCUAACGUGACCCAGAGCUACUUUCUGUCCCCUCCCCCUUCCUUUUCUCUCUCUCUUUCUUCAUGGUGCUGAGGGAGGAAGGGGAAGCCAUGAAAGGGACCAGUCAUCUACCAGCAACAUGGACCUACUAUUGACAAGCAAAACUGAGGGAUGACAUUAGCAGAUGUUUGUUUGUUUGUUCAAAUGCAUAUUUAGGGCUGGUUUCCCAACCUAAUCCUGGACUGAAAAGCCCUUUUAAUGGUGAUUCCCCAUAGAGCAUGUGUUAUAGUCCUGUACAGGACGGCUUUAUCUGGGUCCAGGAAACUGGACCAUAAAGUCUCCAGAGGCCACCAGAUUGCAAUAGGACUAUAUAUAUAAUAGUGUACUCUACUACCGUAUUCACUGUCAACGCGCAUACUGCUAUUCCUCAAGUCAAAGAUCCUUUGAACCUUUGUGCCUCAGUGUAUCUCUGGUCUCUGUGUUAGAGUAAACCUCAGUGUGUCUCUGUGUUAGAGUAAACCUCAGUGUGUCUCUGUGUUACAGUAAACCUCAGUGUGUCUCUGUGUUACAGUAAACCUCAGUGUGUCUGUGUUACAGUAAACCUCAGUGUGUCUCUGUGUUACAGUAAACCUCAGUGUAUCUCUGUUACAGUAAACCUCAGUGUGUCUCUGUGUUAGAGUAAACCUCAGUGUGUCUCUGUGUUAGAGUAAACCUCAGUGUGUCUCUGUGUUACAGUAAACCUCAGUGUGUCUCUGUGUUACAGUAAACCUCAGUGUGUCUCUGUGUUACAGUAAACCUCAGUGUAUCUCUGUGUUACAGUAAACCUGUGUGUCUCUGUAUUACAGUAAACCUCAGUGUGUCUGUGUUACAGGACAUCUCAGUGUGUCUCUUGUCACUGUUACAGGUUUGAUGUGGGUCCCAUUCUUCACCAGGAGAUCUACCAGGUCCCAGACAACUUCACAGCUGACCAGCUAGGAGCUACUCUGGCCACCAAGGGAGCCCAGCUUGUGAGUGCACUUCACACUGUUUGUGUACUUAUGACACCCUAUUCCCAUACAGUGCACUAUGUGGCUCUGGUGGUCAAAUGUAGUGCACUACAUGGGUAAUAGGGUGUGAUUUGAGCUCACUCAUUUGAGACCUACAACCACAGAGCUCAAUCCAUUUUAACAAAGGCUUGUCAGAAACCACUCAUGGUUAAUGUAAGCCCUCUUAUAUGUGAGCCUAGAGUGUAAUGCAAGAUUAUUGUUUUUGCUUGAACAGUUGAUUGACACAUUAAGGACCCUUCCAGAGAGAAUCACAAACCGAAGAGAGCAAGCUAAAGAUGGUGCCACGUUAGGUAAGAACAUUUAUUUACUCAACCAGACGUUUGAUGCUAGUAGUAAUUACAAUUUGAAUGGUACACAAUCAGCAAGAAUUGCAACUUACAGGAGGGUGAAAGCUGUGUGUACUUUCUAAGCAUCCAUUCAUGCCUCAGCUUACAGUUGACUCUUCUCAACAGCCCCUAAAAUCAGCACAUCGAUGAGCUGGAUCAUAUGGGAGGAACAAACCUGUGUCCAGAUCGACUGCCUGUUUCGUGCCAUCGCAUCCCGGGUAAGAAUAAGACAGCAGUCAUGUUCAGUUGGCACGAAACUAGAAAAGUCUGAAAACACUUUGAAACGUAAAACUAUAGUGAGCAUUCUUAUUGGGUGAGUUCACGCCGUUCCUCACCUGUUUCAAGAGGAUUUUCUAAUUUUGUGCAUACUAUAUAUGACCUUGAUUUACUGUGACCGGCCUCUAAACACACAUUGUCCAGGAGUGUUAAAACAAUGCUCUCCUCUUCUCUCCCAUUAGAUCCCAUUGAGAACCAUUUGGAUGGGCAAGACCAUAAAGCUGCUGGACUUUGCUGGCAAAUGCAACAUUUCACUAUCAGGUAAUUUCCUCUUUUAACCAUGACUUGAUCAUCUUCCCUUUUUCCCAACACUACUUGGUAGUAGAUGGUGGUUGACUCAGUCAGCUAGUUCAAUCAGCAUGCUGUAAGUAGAUGUGUGGAUCGGCAGCAGUAUUACUGCUUGUUUCCACACACUGCAAAGACAAUCACUGUCUGGUAACAUCCGUUUGAAUAUUUUCAGUGUUUCAGGUUGAGAAAUUUUGUGAUUGUUUUAAUGACAGGUCGAGGGUUGAGAAAUGUUGUGAUUGUUUUAAUGACAGGUCGAGGGAGGAUACCUGUGCCAGGAUCUAUGAGUUAUCAGAAAGAGUCCAACACCUUGGCUGUCUGUUGUAGGGUGCGUGAGCCAGGCUUUUCAUCCUUGACACUUUCCAUGGUUUACUAUUAUGUCAAAACACUGUCAUUUUUAUCUUAUUGAAAUAUGUCUAAUAUUAAUGAAAAGUAAUUUGCAUAAUACAAAUAAUUAAUUUAAUGGAUCCCAUAAUAAAAUGAUGACAACCACUUUGUGUGUGUUCGGUGAUCUAGGAUGGCUGGGUGGGAUUCAAGGCGGUGAUGCUGAAGAAGAGACUGUCAGCAGCAGACUUCUACAACGGAUAUCUCCAUCAGAGCUUCCAGAACAGAUCUGGCCCUCCCAAGCAGGAGUGCCUGUUCCACAGUAACAGAGACAGAACUGAAUUACAUUCAGCUGGAGAGGAGAACUCAUUGACACAGCAACACACUGUGCAUUAA